AUGACUGUCUUCAUCGCAUCAUUAUUCCUCCCCAAAACCGUCCACUUCGCCCUCCCCGGCACCCCACAACGGGGAGAUGCUUUGCGCCGCGCCAGAACCGACAAGCCCAAACGUCCCGAAGCCGAUCGCCAGCCGAGUCUCUUCAACCCGAUCCGCGACAUCACGCCCCCGAUCACGCCGACUGAAGAAGUAGCCGUCGAAGACCCCUUCACGAACGAGGAUGGCUUCCGCAUCUUUCCUGAGGAGGAGCGCAAGCUUGGCGCCCCCAUCGACAAGGGCUCCCCCAAAUGGGGUGCUCGAGCAACCCAGCCCAAGUCGCGCGCGAGCUCGCCUCCGCCCGCCAUCAUCGCUGAGCACAGCCGCACCCUCGAGAAGGCCAGGGAGUUGGGCCGCCAAGGCGUCACGCAGCCUCGUCCUCUCGCUAGAAGCGACAGCCACGACCGAGUCUUCGCCCACGCCAACUGGCGCAUUAUGAAUGCCGACCAAGGCAACGGCGGACUGCGUAAUGCCGCCGAGGCCGCCGCCCGCGACGGCAAGCUUGGCGAGUACACCUGGGUCGGCACUCUUGGCAUGCCCACCGACGCCAUCGAUGGCUCCCAGCAGAAGCAGGACAUCGAGGACCGCCUAGCCACCGAGCACGACAUGCUCGCCGUCUUCACCUCGGACAAGGACUUUGACGGCCACUACUCGCACUUUUGCAAGCAGAUCCUGUGGCCCGUCUUCCACUACCAGAUCCCCGACAACCCCAAGAGCAAGGCCUUCGAGGACCACUCAUGGAAGUACUACGUCAACGUCAACCAGGCCUUCGCCGACAAGAUUGUCAAGAACUGGAAGCGCGGCGACGUCAUCUGGGUCCACGACUACCACCUGCUGCUCGUCCCCGGCAUGGUUCGCAAGAAGCUGCCCGACGCCAAGAUCGGCUUCUUCCUGCACGUCGCCUUCCCCUCGUCCGAGGUCUUCCGAUGCCUGGCUGUGCGCAAGCAGCUCCUCGAGGGUAUGCUCGGCGCCAACCUCAUCGGCUUCCAGAUCCACGAGUACACCCGCCACUUCCUUCAGACCUGCAGCAGGCUGCUCAACGUCGAGGCCACCACCGACGGCCUCCAGCUCGAGGACCGCUUCGUCGACGUCGUCAACCUGCCCAUCGGCAUCGACCCCGUGAGCCUCAGCGAGCACCGUGGCGACAACGACGUCAAGACGUGGGUCGAGAUCAUGAGGGAGCGCUACCGCGGCAAGAAGCUCAUUGUCGCUCGCGACAAGCUUGACCACGUCCGUGGUGUCCGCCAGAAGCUCCUGUCUUACGAGUUGUUCCUCAACAAGAACCCAGAGUGGCGCGACAAGAUUGUUCUCAUCCAGGUGGCCCUCUCCGGCAGCGAGAAGUCCGACUUGGACGCGACUGUUAGCGACAUCGUCACCCGAGUCAACUCCUCCUGGGCGAACCUGGCCUACCAGCCUGUCGUCUACCUCAAGCAGGAUAUCGACUACCCGCAGUACCUUGCUCUGCUGACCAUGGCCGACGCCCUGAUGAUCACGAGCCAGCGCGAGGGCAUGAACCUGACGUCGCACGAGUAUCUCUUCUGCCAGGACGGCGAGGUCUUUUCCGAAAAGAAGCACGGCUCGCUGAUCCUGUCCGAGUUCACCGGCACGUCGUCGCUCUUUGGCGGCAACGAGCUGGCAGUCAACCCCUGGGACUACCGCCAGUGCGCCGACGCCAUCAAGAAGGCGCUCGAGAUGGGAGACGAAGAAAAAGAACGCCGGUGGCGCGCCCUGUACUCGGCUGUUAUGCACCACACCGGCUCGCACUGGUUCAGCGAGUUCUUAUCGCGCCUGGACCGCGUGUACGACGAGCAGCACAAGCACGACCAGACCUCUGUCCCGCGCCUCAACAUCAACACCCUGGCCGCGAGAUACCAGCGCAGCGACCGCCGGUUGUUUAUUCUCGACUACGAGGGCACCUUGGUUAGCUGGGGUCCGAUGAACCAGAUCAUUCCCGUCAGCCCUCAGCGCACUUUGGACGUCCUCAAUGAACUGUUGCUCGAUGAGCGCAACACCGUCUACAUCAUGUCCGGUCGUCGCCCCGAAGAGCUUGACCGACUGUUCCGUCGGGUCCCGAACCUUGGCCUCAUUGCCGAGAACGGCUGCUUCCUCAAAGACUGUGGCAAGAACACAUGGCAAGAGAUGGCCGACAGGGAGCAGAUCUCAAGCUGGAAGGAGUCGGUCAAAUCGAUCAUGACCUACUACCUCGAGCGUACGCCCGGCGCCGAGAUCGAGGAGCGCCGUUGCAGCCUGAUAUUCCACUAUAAGAGCGCCGAGGACUACGAGUCUGCGGCCCGCCAGGCUUCGGACUGCGCCAGCCAUGUCAACGACGCGUGCGAGGAGCAGCGUGUCCACGCCAUCCCCCUCGACGGCUCCAUCGUCGUGGAGCCCAUCGACUGGACCAAGAGCACUGCCGCUGAAAAGAUCUUUGAGGACUUGCGCAUCCACAUGGAGCCCGAUGCGGAACACCAGAGCCCGGUCGACUUCCUCAUGGUUGUGGGAGACGGACGCGAGGAUGAGAAGGUGUUCAGGUGGGCCAACGCCCUCGGUCGCGACAAAGUGGUCGAAGAUGUCGUGACUGUCAGCCUGCACAGCCGCAACACCGAGGCCGGUUUUACUCUGACACAGGGUGUGAGCGGUGUGUUGCUGGCUCUUCAGAAGCUCGCCACAACCCAGUAA